AUGCGUCGAUGGGGAAAGAGUGGAAGCUGCCGCUUGGUGGCAGCAGCGGGACGCUCUUUCUGGGACCCCUACGGCCACCAGCCCGAGUCGAUGUUUCUUGAUCGGAAGGAUUUGGAGCAGAUGUACCCCACCCGGAAGCCAAAGACGACAGGUGGUGAAUUUGGGUACGAGCGUGGGCCGUACUGGAACGCGAUGCUGGUGCCAAACCCUGCCGUGCGCCUCCCACAUGAGCGCCGUCGCCUAAACCCAAAACCAGCUAAGCGUGUUACAGUGUUCGGAGCCAGUGGUUUUCUUGGGGCGGAAAUUGUGCGCGAGUUUUGUGAGCAUCCCGACAUAGAGAAGGUUCGGGCCACAACUCGUUACCCCACGCUCAUUCCCGCCGGAUCUGAUCUUGACCUCCUGCUCCAGAAGUAUCCAGAGAAGAUUGAGCUGCACGAGUGUGACGUGACAGAUCGUAUUCAAGUGAAUGUCGCCUCCAACGGCAGUGAUACUCUGGUAUUUGCGGUGGAUUACCAUGCAGAGUACGCCAAUAAUAGUCACCAUGAUGUCUUUUUGACAGGGUCCACUAACGUAAGCUGGACGGCACGUAGCGUGCGCGCAGAACGAGUGAUAUUCUGCAAUGGCCUAGAUGCGACAUUUGCUUCGGAGUCGAACUACUGUGAUUUUCGAGCGCGGGCGGAGGAUGCGGUGGGUGCAAAUCAUCCAGAUGCGACAAUUAUUCGUUUUGGUCCACUUUAUGGAAAACGGUAUCGAUACCGUGGAUUGGGUCGCUACAUCUACCCUGCCUGUUUCCCAAACACUUUGGUGCAGCCAACGUGGGUUGUGGACGCAGCGCGUGCCGUCGUGCGUUGCUCCAUGGCCCAGCGAGCCGUACGUUAUAAGUUUGACUUGGGAGGCCCUCAAACACUUACGCAUGUUGAGGCAUUUCGCCAGAUUGCUGCCCACUUUGACUCGCGUAUAGUAAUUCCCUGUUACCGUGGUAUUGGCCGCUUUUUUGGAAAGCUGCUUCCGUGGGUAGUUCCAAACCCCUGGUUUGACGACAACUGGAUUGUCACAUACGAGCUGGACCAAGUAAACCGUCGUAGCACGCUUUUUGAUCGGCUUGCCUCCUGGGAGCGUAUCGCAUAUGAGCCCCAUAAUAUUUAUGAGGCUUCCGCGAUUGAACGCGGCGAAGUGGAACUUCCCCCUCUUCAUGAGUUAGAUGUGGCCUACAAGGCCCUUGAGGCGGCGGACAAGGCGGCCUUUGAAUUAGAGGAGGAAACUGCGAAAAAGUAUGGCAUUCACCGCGCCAAGGCCGAGCCGGGCUUUGGUCGCAGCGAUGGUUUAGAAGCGCUUGCGCAGGAAAUUUACCCCGGACAACAGUUCCGCAUCCGUCCAUUGGAGGGUGCAAAAUACCCAUCGACUGUGAAGAAUCCAGGGCCGGUGGCGAUUCACUAG